AAAUCAAUAGAGGAAGGAGACAACUAACAGUCCCACAGCAGACUUCCCUCAGCUCAGCUUGAAUAUUAACCACAGCAGCGCUUACAUGUGUGCUGUCAGUGGUCAGUGGUGGCAGGUAGUUCACACCUAUCUUGUGGGAGUCUCCCUUAUAAAAGCUGGCCUGGGGUCAGAGGAGUCAUGAGUUGCUGUAAACAGGGGAGUUUGUUCAUAUUACACAGUCACCAUGAAGAUGUGUUGCGGGGCUUUGGCCGUUGUGCUGCUGUUGCUGUCAGUGGACGCAGCGACGAUAGACAGAGUGGAGUAUGACUACUUCAAAUACCAUCCAAUGGAUGAGAUCACCAAAUGGAUGACUCAGAUCGAGAAGGAUUACAAAGACAUCGCACGUAUAGAGGACUAUGGCCAUACCUACGAGAACAGGACGAUUAGCUUGCUUAAGAUCGGUCUGGAAACUGGGCAACAAAAAAAAGCAAUCUGGAUGGAUUGUGGCAUCCAUGCCAGGGAAUGGAUCGCUCCAGCCUUCUGUCAGUUCUUCGUCAGAGAGAUUCUGCAAGCCUACAAAACAGACCCAAAAAUGAAUGAGAUGAUGAAGAACAUGGACUUUUAUGUGACACCUGUUCUUAACGUGGAUGGCUACAUGUUCUCCUGGCAGAACAACGAAACUCGACUGUGGAGGAAGAACAGAACCCCUGGACCCAGAAACUGCACAUGCUUCGGCACCGACCUCAACCGCAACUUUGACGCUAACUGGGGCACUGUUGGUGUGUCAUAUGACUGUUGUUCAAACACCUACUGUGGGACCAGUCCUGCAUCUGAGCCCGAGGCUCAGGCUGUGACUAAAUUCGUCGGAAGUCGGAAGGAUGACUUUCUGUGUUUCCUCACCAUCCACUCCUACGGCCAGCUGCUCCUGGUUCCCUAUGGUCACCCAAACUUCACAGCCGACAACUACGACGAGCUGAUGGAAGUGGGUUUAGCUGCAGCAGAUGCCAUCAGACAGGUUCAUGGGAAAAACUACACUGUAGGAACCUCGCCUGCCGUGUUGUACUCCAACUCAGGCUCCUCCAGAGACUGGGCUCGCAUGCAGGGGAUUCCCUUGACUUACACUUUUGAGCUCAGGGACAAAGGGAUGUAUGGUUUCGUCCUACCAGAGGAUCAGAUCCAGCCAGCCUGUGAGGAGGCCUACGAAGGAGCCAUGCACAUCAUCACCUACGCCUAUAACAAAACCUUUAAUGGUGCUGUUGCUACUGCUGCUGCAGCCGUGUGGUCCCUGAUAUUAGCAGUGGGUGUCACCAGUGCCACCUUAAUGUGAAGUGGUGUUGAGAUUAUUGGUAAUUACAGUAACUAUGCAGUUUAAGGUAACAAUUAUAUUUUUCUAAGGGUUCAGCAAUUUGUUAACUUUUUUAAUUAAGAACAGACAGCAGUUUCAAUGAAAAAUGCUUCACCUACACCUUUAUGCUUAUCUUCUGCCUAAAUAUGUCCAAAAGCACUACAUGUUUCCUCAGAUUGUUAAUUAUUUAUAGCCAUCACUAAUAGUUAGGCAUAAUUUUAAGAGAUAAAACUAGCCAAAAGCGAACUAAGGGAUAACCUGGAAAUAUGAAGUUAUCCUAGCUAAUUGUGGCCAAAGUAUUCCCAGAAAUAGCUACGAAUAUUUCACCAAUGACUUAAGGACCCAAAAAUGCCUAAGACGUAGCAAAGGUCAUCAAAGGUCAUCAAAAAGAGCUUAGAACAUAAAACAGAAGACCAAAAAAAAUCUAAAGUUAGUCAAAAAUCACUAAACCCUAUAAGAGUAAACAGAAACAAACAGAAACAUAAGCAAAGGUUUGCCUAAAAAUAAUUAUGGGUUAGUCAGAAAUUAAAGUGAAAUACUGUCAUCUUGCAGUUACAUUUCCAAAUACUGUAAAUUGAACCACUGGAGGAGAUUAGCAUGUUGGGGUUAGGGAAGCCUUGGGAGAGACUAACAGGGGUGAAAUUGAGUGAAUCAAACAUUUUAAAUUUGUAGUAUUGUAAUAUUAACAUGUUUAAUGUGUGAUAAAUCUGUCAGGAAAUAGGUUUCGUCAUGAUAUUGCAACUGCAUGCUUCCAAAGACAAGAAACUUUUAAAAGGCACUGUGGACAAUACUUGCUCUGCGGGACUUUUAAGAGAUAAAAACAUUUGGCAUUUUAACCAACAGCUUUCACUUCCAAGAAAAAGGUCUAAGGGUAAAAACAUGGUGCACACGUGGUGUGGGUUAGUUGAGCACAAAUCAAUACUUUGUGUUGUGUUCAUCAUAUGUAACAUUAAAAAGAACAGUUAAACCAUCUGCAUUAAGAA